GGACACAGCGGAUCACCGAUCACGGAUAGAGCCGAAGAUGUCGGCUCGGUCAUGUGACCAGCUGUGUCCAAUCACAGCUGAUCACAUGGGACAUGUACACUGAUCAUCAGGGCACUGAUGAUCAGUGUGCCCUGAUGAUCAGUGUAGCCCCAGCAGUGCCAGCUGUCAGUGUCCAUCAGUGCCACAUCAAUGCAACAUAUCAGUGCCUACCAGUGCACAUCAAUGCCACAUCAGUGCCCAUCUGAGCUGCUUUUCAGUGCCACCCAUCAGUGCCACCUAUCAAUGCCAGUGCUGCCAAUCAGUGCCGCCUAUCAGUGCCAUGUAUCAGUGCUGCCUUUCAGUGCCCAUCAGUGAUGUCUGUCAAUGCCCAUCAGUG